AUGGCCACCAUCACAUGCACAUGAUUCACAGAAGAGUACCAGCUCUUUGAGGAACUAGGAAAGGGAGCUUUCUCCGUGGUGCGCAGGUGUGUGAAGGUGCUGGCUGGCCAGGAGUAUGCUGCCAAGAUCAUCAAUACCAAGAAGCUCUCAGCCAGAGAUCACCAGAAGCUGGAGCGAGAGGCCCGCAUCUGCCGCUUGUUGAAGCACCCCAAUAUCGUCCGGCUCCAUGACAGCAUCUCCGAGGAGGGACACCACUACCUUAUCUUCGAUCUGGUCACUGGUGGGGAGCUGUUUGAGGACAUCGUGGCCAGGGAGUAUUACAGUGAGGCUGAUGCCAGUCACUGUAUCCAGCAGAUCCUGGAGGCCGUGCUGCACUGUCACCAGAUGGGAGUGGUGCACCGAGNNNGGAAGCCUGAGAAUCUGUUGCUGGCCUCGAAGCUCAAGGGUGCGGCUGUGAAACUGGCAGACUUCGGCCUGGCCAUAGAAGUUGAGGGAGAGCAGCAGGCAUGGUUUGGGUUCGCAGGGACACCUGGAUACCUCUCCCCAGAAGUGCUGCGGAAGGACCCAUACGGGAAGCCUGUGGACCUGUGGGCCUGUGGGGUCAUCCUGUACAUCUUGCUGGUUGGGUAUCCCCCUUUCUGGGAUGAGGACCAGCACCGCCUGUACCAGCAGAUCAAAGCUGGUGCCUAUGAUUUCCCAUCGCCAGAAUGGGACACUGUCACCCCCGAAGCCAAGGAUCUCAUCAAUAAGAUGCUGACCAUCAACCCAUCCAAACGCAUCACGGCCGCUGAGGCCCUCAAGCACCCCUGGAUCUCGCACCGCUCCACUGUGGCCUCCUGCAUGCACAGACAGGAGACCGUGGACUGCCUGAAGAAGUUCAAUGCCAGGAGGAAACUGAAGGGAGCCAUCCUCACCACUAUGCUGGCCACCAGGAACUUCUCCGGAGGGAAGAGUGGAGGGAACAAGAAGAAGGAGGGUGUGAAGAAAAGAAAGUCCAGUUCCAGCGUUCAGUUAAUGGAAUCUUCUGAGAGUGCCAACACCACCAUUGAGGAUGAAGACACCAAAGUGCGCAAACAGGAAAUUAUAAAAGUGACAGAACAGCUGAUUGAAGCCAUAAGCAAUGGAGAUUUUGAAUCCUACACGAAGAUGUGUGACCCCGGAAUGACAGCUUUUGAACCCGAGGCCCUGGGGAACCUGGUUGAGGGCCUGGACUUUCAUCGAUUCUAUUUUGAAAACCUGUGGUCCCGGAACAGCAAGCCUGUGCACACCACCAUCCUGAACCCCCACAUCCACCUGAUGGGUGACGAGUCAGCGUGCAUCGCCUACAUCCGCAUCACGCAGUACCUGGAUGCAGGUGGCAUCCCCCGCACGGCCCAGUCAGAGGAGACCCGUGUCUGGCACCGCAGGGAUGGCAAAUGGCAGAUUGUCCACUUCCACAGAUCUGGGGCACCCUCCAGCCUGCCCCAGUAA